AUGGACUUGAUGAGGCUCACACGGCUCUUCUCUGGCCCCUGUCCUGGGGGACUGUCCAUCCUCCAGCAUCUCAGUGCCCAUGGAGUCAGAUGGACUAGGGGCAGAGAGGGACCUUCAUGGUUGCGGGCCUUGGGGCUGACUGGCCAGAGAAACCAGAAGGACAUGGGUGCCUUCAGCUCUGACCUGAGCCAGCCUGGCCCCACAGCUGCAGUGGAUAAAGAGGAGGAAGAGGAGGAGCGCUUUGGGACUCUCUCCAACAAAUAUUCCUCCCGGAGAAUGUUCCGCAAGUCAACAGCUCAGUUGUACAACCUACAGCUCAAGGAACAAAGUAUGGAGGAUGACAAGGAAAAGGGGCUGGAGCCAAAGCCGUGGCGGGGCCCCCAAAACACCCCCCACUGGUACUUCUUUCAGUGCAAACGACUGAUUAAAGAGGGGAAGCUGGCCGAGGCCCUGGACCUGUUUGAGCGGCAGAUGCUCCAGGAAGAACGGCUGCAGCCCCUGGAGUGCAACUACACGGUGCUGAUCGGAGGCUGUGGGCGGGUGGGCUACCUGAAGAAGGCCUUCCGGCUCUACAAUGACAUGAAGAAGCGGAACCUGGAGCCCUCUGAUUCCACAUACACAGCCCUGUUCAACGUCUGCUCUGAGUCGCCCUGGAAGGAGUCUGCUCUGCAGAGCGCCCUGAAGCUCCGCCAGCAGCUCCGGGCCCGAAACAUCCCGCUCAGCUUGAAGACAUACCAUGCCCUGCUGAAGAUGGCCGCCAUGUGUUCAGACCUCAGGAUGUGCCUCGAUGUCCUUAAGGAAAUCAUCCACAAAGGUCAUGUGGUCACAGAGGAGACCUUCAACUUGCUGCUCAUGGGUUGCAUCCAGGACAAGAAGACGGGCUUCCGCUACGCCCUGCAGGUGUGGCGGCAGAUGCUGAGUCUGGGGCUCCAGCCCAGCCUGCAUGGCUACAACCUGCUGCUGGGGGCUGCACGGGACUGUGGCCUGGGGGACUCAGCGGUGGCCACGGAGCUGCUUUUCAGGCCCCUGGGGGAGGCAGUCCUGCUCCAGCCCCCAGGGGCUCGGUGGCGGCGGGCCAGGAGGACUGCCCAGGCUGUGGUAGGUGGCAUUGUGUCUGCCAGGCUGCAUGUGGAGGCCCUGGAGAGGCAAUUGUUUUUGGAACCUUCUCUGGGGCUAAAGGGGUCUCCAGAAUCCAGGGAGACUAGAGCCCAGUGUGAAGUGGACACUGUGGAAGAGCCAGACCAUACAGUGGCCCUUACCCCUGUGACCCAGCAGUCCCCUCCCUCAGGCCUGGAGGUCAACCUCCUGGCCCUUGGGGCAGUGCCUCCAGCUGUGGUCUCACUGGGAACAGUGGCCACCCCAGCAGAUAGGCUGGCCCUGAUGGGGGGCAUAGACGGCUUCCUUGGCAACAUGUUGGAGCACGGGCUGCAGCCCAGCAUCAAGACCCUCACCCUGCUUGCUGAGGUGGUGGCGCCUGGCAGCCCCUCAGAGUCCUCACUGCUGGCCACCCUGGACAAGAACCACAUAGAGGCAGACGUGACGUUCUUCAACACGCUGAUAAGGAAGAAGAGCAGGCUGGGCGACCUGGAGGGGGCAAAGGCGCUGAUACCAGUUCUGGCAAAGAGGGGCCUCAUCCCCAACCUGCAGACAUUCUGCAACUUGGCCAUUGGGUGCCGCAGGCCAGAAGACGGCCUGCAGCUCCUGGCUGACAUGCAGAAAUCCCAGAUGACUCCCAACACCCAUGUCUACAGCGCCCUCAUCAAUGCCGCUGUCAAGAGGCUGGACUAUGCCUACCUCAUCGACAUCCUGAAGGACAUGCGCCAAAACAAUGUCCCUGUGAACGAGGUGGUCAUCCGCCAGCUCGAGUUUGCAGCCCAGUAUCCCCCAACUUUUGACCGGUACAAAGGGAAAAACACCUACUUGGAGAAGAUCGAUGGCUUCCGAGCUUACUACAAGCAGUGGCUCCAAGUGAUGCCAGCUGAGGAGAUGCCCCACCCCUGGGAGAAAUUCAGGACCAAACCCAAGGGGGACUGA